AUGGGAGAUAUGAGAAACUUGCUGAAGAUGUUAAUGAUGGUUGUAUUUGUUGGAUGGAUGUUCGUUUGGGUUAUGAUUUCAACUAACCUUUUCAAAAACAAGUGGACUCCCAAAAUGACCAAGUAUUUCAAUACUACUUAUUUUGGCCCUCAAGGCAUAAAUCUAGUGCUUCUUACCGUUCCAAUGAUGUUCAUUGCGGUUCUGAGUUGUCUUUAUUUGCAUAUCCAGAAGAAACCCACCCAAACUCAAAGCAAAUCUAAGAUAAAAGGGAGAAUGGGGAGGGUGAUGAUGGUGAUGAACCCAUUGGGGAUAGUGACGGCCACAGAGUUUACUUUUUCUAUAUUGUUUGUGGCUCUUUUAAUUUGGGCUCUCGCCAAUUAUCUCUACAUUAGCUAUUUCGUCAGUCUUCAUAACCACGACAAUGCAGAACUAUGGAUGGCGAAGUUUAGGGCUUUUGGGCUGAGAAUAGGAUACGUCGGCCACUACUGCUGGGCCUUUUUGUUCUUCCCCGUGACAAGAGCCUCUACGAUUCUGCCACUAGUUGGGUUGACUUCAGAGUCAAGCAUCAAAUAUCACAUUUGGCUCGGACAUAUCUCAAACUUUCUUUUCCUCGUUCACACCGUCGUUUUCCUUAUCUACUGGGCCAUGACCAAUCAGUUGAUGGAUACGUUUGCAUGGAAUCCGACAUAUGUGCCUAAUCUUGCCGGUGCAAUAGCCAUGGUGAUCGGAAUAGUGAUGUGGGUGACAAGUUUUCCAUACUAUAGACGAAAGAAGUUUGAGAUUUUCUUCUACACUCACCAUCUGUACGUUCUCUACAUAAUCUUCUACAUGAUCCAUGUUGGAGACUCGUGGUUAUGCAUGAUCUUGCCCAACAUGUUUCUCUUCUUCAUCGACCGCUACUUGAGGUUCUUACAAUCCACCAAGAGAUCUAGACUUGUCUCUGCUCGGAUCUUACCUUCAGAUAACCUCGAGCUCACUUUCUCCAAAACCCCAGGCCUACAAUAUACACCAACGAGCAUAUUGUUUCUACAUGUGCCGAGCAUCUCCAAGCUUCAAUGGCAUCCAUUCACAAUAACUUCAAACAGCAACUUGGAGAAAGAUACAUUAAGUGUUGUCAUCAGAAGACAGGGAACUUGGACUCAAAAGCUUUACACCCAUCUCUCUUCUUCCAUUGAUUCUCUAGAGGUUUCCACUGAAGGUCCUUAUGGUCCUAACUCCUUAGAUAUGAGGCAUGACUCUCUAAUACUAGUGAGCGGGGGAAGUGGAGUCACUCCCUUCAUUUCAGUGAUCAGAGAACUCAUAUUCCAGGCCCAAAGCCAAAGCACAAAAAUACCAGAUGUUCUUCUUGUUUGUGCCUUUAAAUACUACCAUGAUCUUGCGUUUUUAGACCUAAUCUUCCCACCAGAUAUUUCAGUCUCGGACAUCUCUAGGCUGAAUCUCCGGAUCGAGGCCUAUAUAACACAAGAAGACAAGAAGCCGGAGGCAGCUGAUGAUACCAGAUUGUUGCAGACAAAAUGGUUCAAACCACAGCCACUAGACUCUCCAAUCUCACCUGUCCUUGGACCUAACAACAUACUCUGGCUCGGAGUUGUGAUCUUAUCAUCAUUCGUCAUGUUUCUCUUGCUCAUAGCGAUUGUUACACGUUACUACAUAUACCCUGUUGAUCGUAACACAGGAAAGAUCUACAACUUCUCGUACAGAGUUCUCUGGGACAUGUUCCUAGGAUGUGUGUGCAUUUUUAUUUCUUCAAGCGCGGUUUUCUUGUGGCGCAAGAAAGUUAACAAGGAAGGAGAUAAGGAGUCCAAGAAGCAGGUACAGAGCGUAGAUUUUCAGACGCCUACGUCUUCUCCAGGUUCAUGGUUCUGCAGCCACGAUAGAGAGCUCGAGAGCGUUCCCUAUCAAUCUAUAGUACAAGCCACUUCAGUCCAUUUUGGCUCCAAACCUAAUCUGAAAAAGAUUCUGUUUGAGGCCGAAGGUUCAGAAGACGUUGGAGUGAUGGUGUGCGGGCCAAGAAAGAUGAGGCAUGAGGUGGCAAGGAUAUGUUCAUCUGGUUUGGCUAAGAACCUUCACUUUGAAGCAAUUAGUUUCAACUGGUGAUCGAUUCCAUGUUCUGACUAUGUUGUUUAUUUUCAUUGUGAUUACCUUUGAUAUGUU